UGUGUCCCCCCUCAGGCCGCGGCGCCAUCCCGUGUUAUGAGGCGGUCCUGAGGGCGGCGGCGGCGGCGGCCAGUGCAGCCCGGCGCGGCCCGGCAGGGUGACGGCGUCUCGGUUCGCCUCGCCGGCCAAACCCAUGACUACGGCAAACUGCGGCGCCGCCGAUGAGUUCGACUUCAGGCUGAUCUUCGGGGAGGACGGGCAGCCGGGCCCCGGACCGCCGCUGGGGCCUGCAGAUCUUGAGUCAGAUGACUGCGCAUCCAUAUACAUCUUUAAUGUAGACCAACCAUCAUCCUCUGUAAAUCAGCCAAUUUGUAUUCCUCGCCAUGGAUUGCAGUCUCACUCCACUCCUCUCUCACCAUCUACAAGACUUCAGAGUCAUAAGAACUAUGAUGGAACUUGUGAGGUACCAGAAUCCAAAUAUAGUCCACUAGGUGGACCCAAACCAUUUGAGUGCCCUAGUAUUCAGAUUACAUCUAUUUCACCUAACUGUCAUCAAGGGAUUGAAGCCAAUGAAGAUGAAUUGCAUGCAAAUGGCACAGAAAAUGAAUAUAUGGAAAGGCCUUCACGUGACCAUCUGUAUCUUCCUCUUGAGCCAUCAUACAGGGAAUCAUCCCUUAGUCCAAGCCCUGCCAGCAGCAUUUCAUCCAGAAGUUGGUUUUCAGAUGCUUCCUCUUGUGAAUCCAUUUCCCACGUUUAUGAUGAUGUAGACUCGGAGCUAAAUGAAGCAGCUGCUCGAUUUACCCUGGGCUCUCCCUUGGCAUCCCCUGGUGGUUCUCCAAGAGGCCCCAGUGAUGAAUCUUGGCAGCAGCCUUAUGGAUUUGGGCAUGCUUUGUCACCUAGACAGUCUCCCUGUCAUUCUCCUAGAACUAGUAUUACAGAUGAAAAUUGGCUAAGUCCUAGACCAACAUCAAGGCCCUCAUCAAGACCUACAUCCCCCUGUGGGAAGCGACGACACUCCAGUGCUGAGAUAUGCUAUGCUGGUUCUCUCUCUCCUCACCAUUCUCCAACUCCGUCACCUGGCCAUUCUCCCAGAGGAAGCAUAACAGAAGACACUUGGCUAAACACUUCCAUCCAUAACGUACAAGGACUUAAUUCUGGCCUUUCACCAUUUCAGUGUUGUACAGAGACUGAUAUUCCUUUAAAAACAAGAAAGACGUCAGAGGAUCAGACUGCUACUUUAUCUGGAAAAAUAGAUAUCUGUCCUGAAGAACAGGGGAACUUACUGUCAUCCCUUGAAACUGCAGUAGAUGACUGCUCUGGAUCUCAGCACACCUUGAAAAAAGAUUUGCCUGGAGACCAAUUUCUUUCUGUUCCUUCGCACUUUACUUGGAACAAACCAAAGCCUGGUCAUACUCCUAUAUUUCGCACAUCUUCAUUGCCACCUCUUGACUGGCCUUUACCAAGUCAUUACGGGCAGUGUGAACUGAAAAUAGAAGUCCAGCCUAAAACUCAUCACAGAGCUCACUAUGAAACAGAAGGAAGCAGAGGAGCAGUAAAAGCGUCUACUGGAGGACACCCUGUAGUAAAGCUCCUGGGUUACAGCGAAAAGCAAGUAAACCUGCAGAUGUUUAUCGGCACAGCAGAUGAUCGGUACUUAAGACCUCAUGCGUUCUACCAGGUGCACCGAAUCACUGGAAAAACAGUUGCAACAGCUAGUCAAGAGAUAAUAAUUGCCAGCACAAAAGUUCUGGAAAUACCGCUUCUUCCUGAAAAUAAUAUGUCAGCCAGUAUCGAUUGUGCUGGUAUUUUGAAACUUCGCAAUUCAGAUAUAGAGCUCCGUAAAGGAGAGACAGAUAUUGGAAGAAAGAAUACCAGAGUGCGGCUUGUGUUUCGUGUUCACAUCCCACAACCUAGCGGAAAAGUCUUAUCCCUGCAGACUGCUUCCAUACCUGUUGAAUGCUCUCAGCGAUCUGCUCAAGAACUCCCUCAGAUUGAGAAGUACAGCAUCAACAGUUGCUCAGUAAAUGGAGGCCAUGAAAUGGUGGUGACAGGAUCCAAUUUUCUUCCAGAAUCCAAAAUUAUAUUUUUUGAAAAAGGACAAGAUGGACGACCUCAAUGGGAGGUUGAAGGGAAAAUAAUGAGGGAAAAGUGUCAAGGGGCAAACAUCAUACUUGAAGUUCCUCCAUACCAUAACAAAGCCAUUACAGCCGCAGUUCAGGUGCAGUUUUAUCUCUGCAAUGGCAAGAGGAAAAAAAGCCAGUCUCAACGUUUUACUUACACACCAGUUAUAAUGAAGCAAGAGCACAGGGAUGAGGUGGAUUUGUCUGCUGUUCCAUCUUUGGCCCUGCCUCACACAAGCAAUGUCCAAGGUCUGCAUUCUAUCCAAACUCAAUUGCCUUCACCAGAGCAAGGGCAUCCUCAUGACAAUUUACUGUCUACGUCACCCAGGAGCCUCGUGUGUCCUGUUCAACCACCAUACACAGCCAUGGUGACCUCGGCAGUAUCCCACCUGCCACAUAUGCAAGGCAGAAACCUUAGUCCAAGUGAAGAGUGUCGUGUUUUGGCUCCUGCUGUGGUUCCAUCUUUUCAGGUAACAUCAGCACCUCCUGUGAGGCCUUCUUACCAGCCUAUGCAGUCUAAUGAUGUAUACAAUGGGCAGUCUGGUCUUCCUAUGAACUCUGCCUCCAGCCAAGGAUUCGAUGCUGUUUCAUUUCAGCAAGACACAGCUGUACCUCAUUUGAUAAAUCUUAGCUGCCAAGCCCUACCACCAAUGCCGUUUCAUUCUUCAGGCCCAGGUUCUGUGUCAACACCGAGUACAGCAGGACACCCACUAGCACACCCAGCUCAUUCAGGACAGUCAUCUUCUCACCUGCCUUCAAUGGGAUACCACUGUCCAAGCGCUGGGCAGGGCUCCAUCCCACCUGCAAUGAGUCGUUCCCUUGGGCAGUCUUCUCCCCAGCUGCAGCAAGUCCCUUAUCAUUCUACAAAUCCAGCAUCCACUUCAUCCCCAUCCCCAACAGCUUCCCACCCUUUGAUCCAUUCACCGCUGUCAGGACCUUCUUCACCCCAGCUCCAACCUAUGCCUUACCAGUCUCCUAGCUCAGGACCUGCCUCGUCUCCCCCGCCAGCUGCUGUAAGUCACUCGGGACAGCACUCCCCUCAAGCACACAGUCCGGCGCUGAGUGGUCUGAAUGCAGCGUCGUCACUGGUGCACCACCCCACAUGCGAUUCAUCUCCAUUCUCACCAGAUGGGGCAGCUAUUAACAUUAAACCGGAACCUGAAGAUCGAGAAUUGAAUUUUCAAACAAUAGGACUACAAGACAUCACACUAGAUGAUGACAGUUUUAUCUCUGACCUGGAAUACCAGCCAUCAGGUUCAACAGAGAAAUGGACUCAACAUUCAGCACUCAUGUCCAACUCCUAUGUGGAAAAUCUAGAGGUGAAUGAGAUUAUAGGAAGAGAUAUGUCACAGAUCUCAGUGUCACAUGGAACAGCAGUGGCCAGCCAGUCUGCACGAACAUGUCCUGGAUCUCUGGAGGCAAGAAUAUCUGAUGGAAUCCAGUAGCGGAUAAGCUUGCAACUAAACGUCCAUGAAAACAUUACAGUUUCUCUGGAUAUUUCUUCGUCCUUUUCCUCUUUAGACUUACUGUGCUUCCAACUCUGUGGCCUUUAUGAACUGGAACAGUGGAUCCUUGCAAAGCCCUUUUAGUGGGUUACAUUUUUGAUGUAGAGACAGAGCGUUUUAAUUAUAGUUCCUCAAAUGCUGUAAAGAGACUUCGUAAAAUGGACACACAGAAUCUACACCAGAUAUUUUAACUCUUUCAAAGUUAUAAACAAGCUUUGCUUUUUUCAUUUAAAUAGAAUACUUUUAUAUUGUAAGUGCUUCAGAUGUGUGGAGAUGUUAGUUUGCUCUUAUAUUAUUCACAGUACUGAAUGGGGAAAAAGAUCUAAUACACAUCUUCAGUGUGCUGCUUUCCCUUAGAGGUAGUAUAGUUUGUAACUGAUGAUUUGUAACACCUUUCGGUCAUUUUUGAAAGCCUUUAAAGCUUCUAUUGUUUAAUUAUUUUUUUUACUACAGUCUUCCAGUGGCAAAUCAUACCUGUCAUCUGAAGCCAAUGCCAUGGAAGCCAUUGUGUAUGCAAAUACUGUAGUGUUUUCUUUCUUAGAUUCAUAGGAAGCAAAGCCAAAUGUAGAUCUGCACUGUUUAUAAACUGAAAAUAUUACUUGAUAGGCUGCAAAAAGACCAUUCCAUCAUGAAAGUGUUGGGAUAGAAAUGACAUUCCAAAAUUUAGCUUUUAUAACUUUG